CAAAUUUCGUAAAUCGUAAUCUUACAGUUUUCCUUUGCUGGAAAUACUGGCUCAAAAAAGCCUAAUUUAAAAAUGAACUACACUGCUGAAAACUUCAGUUUAGGUACCACGACCUCCAGUAGCUUCUUCCCUUCCCAGCCUAUGGAUUUGAGCGGGAAACUCAUCAUAAAAGCUCAGUUAGGAGACGAUAUUCGUAGGAUUCCAAUCCACAAUGAAGAGCUUACUUACGACGAACUACUCCUGAUGAUGCAGAGAGUCUUUAGAGGAAGGCUUAAUAGUUCUGACGAUGUCACGAUUAAGUACAAAGAUGAAGAUGGUGACUUGGUGACAAUGUUUGACAGUUCAGACCUCGCAGUUGCCAAAUCGAUGAGUCGCAUAAUUAGAAUUACCUUAUUUGUGAAUGGAGUCCCAAGACCCCCAGAGAAUACGAUGAUUGAGGAGUUUAGAAGAGAACUGAGUCAUUUGAGGGACAGAGUGCUUUAUUUGUUAGACAGACUAGAGAUUGGAAGUCCUGGCUCUUCUGGUGGGAAAGCAGAAGAAGAAAAAGCACCAGAGAAAAUGAGAUCAGAUGACAUCCAGAGACAGAAGCAGCAGAAAUCUAAUGAAAGUCAGCCGUCUUCUACAUCAGUACCAACCUACCCUAGUGUAAACACAGCCCUUUUUGACCCCUUACAACCAAACAAUGACCAGCAGUCUAUCAGCAGUACAUCAGAUUUAGGAGCUAAACCUGAUGAUCAAGGAUAUCCAUCCCAACCAAAGCCGGCAACAUCUCAGCCACAACCCUCAACGGCCCAGCCAAUAUCUCAACAACAAAUGUCAGGCACCUACCCACGAAAACCCUCGGCAUCCUACUCUCAGCAGGACCAGCAAUCCUAUGCUUCAUCAAGCUCAGUAAUUGCUCAACCCCAAGGCUACGCCCAGCAGAACUAUUCCUCCAUGGCAACAGGCACAUACUCUCAAAAUCAACCAACAAGCAUAGGAUAUCAGAACUACCCUUCUAAUCAGCUCCAAACUAGCCAAGGGUACGUUCCUGGGGGACCACCACCUACUGAUGGCUAUACUAGGGCAUAUUCUCCUCAGCUACAACAGCAGCAGCAACAGCAGCAGCAGAUGCCGCAGCAACAACAACCACAGCAACAACAACCGCAGCAACAACAACCACAGCAACAACAACCACAGCAACAACAACCACAGCAACAGGGGUCAUACCAAGGGUACCAAACACAAAAGAUGAACUAUCCCCCACAAUCAACGUAUGAAUAUCCUGGCACUCAGUAUACCUACAAAUACUAAAAUUCAGAAAUAUAUAAGCUUAUAAACCUUUGAUUUGCUAGAGUGGCUACAAAUCAAUUGAUGGUAGUGAAGGUCUGACUUGGAAUAAUAUUGUUUUGCACUCAUUCAAGCAUUUUGGGGAAGUUCUAUUUGCAAAAGCAAAAAAGGAGUUACAUUUCUCAUAAUUUGUAUUUACCAAUCAAUAUUUCAAAUCUUUAAGGAAUAGACCCGUUUCGAAUUCCAAAUUACUGCUGUGUUUCUUGAUCAUAGACAUAGGGUUAGCCUCGAGUUUGUGCAGAAUAUUCACAUUUCAGUCAAGGUCUGUCGAGUUUCAAAGUGUUUGUAUUGUUGAAGUUGUGCAUUCUUUACUUUACCGUUGGUAUUUAUGAAUAUUUAGAUACUGAUACGAGGCUAACCCUUAGUAAACGAGUCUGCAAUUAAGGAACACAGCUGUAAUUUGGAAUUAGAAACUGGUCUAUUGACUUUCUUAUGGCAAUGCAUCAUGACUAGAAUUUCAGUAAACUGUGUAACAAACUAAUGUCCAAAUUAUUCUCUAUAAAUAAUAUGGCCAGAGGAAAAUAAUACUUCCUCAUUAUCAUUAUGCUAUUUUACUGCAAUUUUCAAAAACAUGCAAACUCUGUGUCUGCGAGCUGCACGCUGAAAUUUUGUUUUUCUCUUCCAUCAAUCAAACCUACCUGUCAAUACCUUUCAUAUUUUUUCUGGAGGCAGCGAAAAACUAAAUUUCAGCGUGGCUGCCGUCACAUGAUGGUGCAAAGCCUCUAUUCACUCAUAGACCAUUCAGGCUGCAGAUCUAAUUUAUUGUUAAUAAUUAUUAGUCUACUAGAGUGCAAACAAUACAACUGUGAAACUUUAGUAAUACUAAAUAGCAGAAUUUCAUGCAAAUUCCAUUGGUUUCUAUUGUUUAAUUAGCACUAUUUUGUACUAUUUAGUAAUUAGUGUUUCACGGAUAAAUUAUUUGCACUCUAUUACUUUUCAGUAUGAGAAUAUCAAUCUAAUCUUUUGUUUUCUGACCCAGACAGCUUGUCCGGCUUAACAGCACAUUUUAGGCAUCGUUAAAAAUGGUUCAAAUUUGUUGUUUUUGAUUAACAGAAUCCCAUAGUUGGAAAGGAUUUUGGGGUCACUCCUAUUGAAAAACGGGGGAUGAGAGGCUGAAAUUUGAUAAUUUUAUAGCUYACUAGGAAUAGUUAAACUUUAACUGUGAGAUAGAUAGAUACCUUACAUUAUGUAGAUUGACAUUCAAUGAGAGAAGUGUUAAUGAGCAAUUAUGAUAAUUAUUAUCUUUUGUACAAUUUAGACACUACUUUUGAAAAUUUGUGAGAGAUUAAAUGUUGUGUUUUGUUUUUAUUGAAACAGAACAAUAAACCACAUUGACGUACAUCUUUA